CCAUUUUCAAAAAUAAAUUCUACGCGACUGUUCCCUCCCAUGAAAGGGUCCCACUAACGUUUUGCAUCGCCCACCGCAUAUAGCGCUCCACGCUCCUCCCCAGGGUUAAAAUAAAGUUCAAAUCGAACGGCCCAUCUUCCAAAAAUCGCCGAACGGCCCAUCUUUCAAAAAUCGCCGACGCUGUUGAGACCAUCGCCCCCAACUCCACUCCCCCACCCAAAACUGUGAGGACUGCUCGAGCAGUAUCCCGAUCCUCUCUCUCUCUCUGUUGAUCUAAUGGAUAUCGUCUCGUCUCCGAUGAGUACUUGUUCGAGAGAGCAUCAGAAGAUCUACAAGGAGUGGUUCUCUGCCGCCGAUUCAGAUGGGGAUGGGCGGAUCACGGGAACCGAUGCCAUCAAAUUCUUCGCCAUGUCCAAACUAUCCCGCCCCGAACUUAAACAGGUGUGGGCCAUUGCAGACUCUAAACGGCAAGGUUUCCUUGGAUUAAAUGAGUUUAUUACAGCAAUGCAGCUUGUUUCACUAGCACAGGCAGGGAAUGAGAUUACCCAGGAUGCCCUCACUCAUUCAGAAUUGGAUCUCCUGAAACCUCCAGUGAUGGAGGGUUUGGAUAUUCUGUUAGCUAAAACUACUUCACCCAAGAAAAGCAAUCCUGAUCUUGAUGUAAGUUCUCAGCCCCCAGUUUCAUUAACAACUCAGUGGUUUAGCUCGAAAUCAACAAAGAAGAUACCUCUGAGCUCAGUUACUUCAAUUAUUGAUGGGUUGAAGAGAUUGUAUAUUGAAAAGCUGAAGCCUUUGGAAGUUACCUACCGAUUCAAUGAUUUUGUUUCCCCAUUAUUGACAAAUAGUGAUUUUGAUGCAAAGCCCAUGGUUAUGCUAUUGGGACAAUAUUCUACUGGAAAAACAACAUUCAUUAAACAUUUAUUAAGAUCCAGCUACCCAGGUGCUCAUAUUGGACCAGAGCCUACAACUGAUCGAUUUGUUGUUGUCAUGUCAGGACCUGAUGAACGGAGUAUUCCUGGAAAUACUGUUGCUGUUCAAGCAGACAUGCCUUUCAGUGGUCUGACUACAUUUGGAACUGCAUUUUUAUCGAAGUUUGAGUGCUCACAGAUGCCCCACCCGCUACUGGAACACAUCACAUUUGUCGAUACACCUGGGGUUCUUUCUGGAGAAAAACAACGAACCCAACGAAGCUAUGAUUUUACUGGUGUUACAUCGUGGUUUGCAGCAAAGUGCGAUCUCAUUCUUCUUCUGUUUGACCCUCAUAAACUGGAUAUCAGUGAUGAGUUCAAGCGUGUCAUUGGAUCUCUGCGUGGCCAUGAUGACAAAAUACGUGUAGUUUUGAAUAAGUCAGACCAGGUUGACACCCAGCAGCUAAUGCGAGUUUAUGGUGCAUUAAUGUGGUCGCUUGGGAAAGUUUUGAACACCCCUGAAGUUAUGCGUGUGUAUAUUGGUUCAUUCAAUGACAAACCAAUAAACGAAGCAGCUGUUGGUCCAAUUGGAAAGGAACUUUUUGAAAGGGAACAAGAUGACCUCCUUUCUGAUUUGAAAGAUAUUCCCAAGAAGGCUUGUGAUCGCCGUAUCAAUGAAUUUGUUAAGCGUGCAAGAGCAGCCAAGAUUCAUGCCUAUAUAAUUAGCCACCUGAGGAAGGAGAUGCCGGCAAUGAUAGGAAAGGCCAAAGCACAACAAAGACUCAUUGAUAACCUGGAGGAUGAGUUUCCUAAGGUUCAAAGGGAGUUUCAUCUACCGGCUGGGGAUUUCCCUAAUGUCGAACACUUCAAGGAGGUAUUGAGUGGUUACAGUAUCGAUAAGUUUGAGAAGUUGAAGCCUAAAAUGAUACAGACUGUGGAUGACAUGUUGGGAUAUGACAUUCCAGAACUCUUGAGGAGCUUCAGAAACCCAUAUGAAUAAUGGCAAGUAAUCAUUCUGAUAGAUUGGUAUCAUCUUCAUGAGAAAAGCAGAAGAUAGUGAAUAGUGAAAUUGAUGAUGGUAUUUUCAUGCUAUAAGAGCCAUGUAUAGCUCUGGCCUUCUCUUCAUGUCAUUGUUGAUUAUUGUUGUAAGGCUGUCCAAUUCACAGAUUUUGACCUCUGAUGGGUUGGCAGGGAUGGUAUCAAAUGUAAGGAUUUUGUCAAAAUCAGUUAGGGGACCUGUUUGCUUGGAAAAUCUUCUGGUGAUCUGUAUUACAUGUUUGUAUUGGACCUAUAUAUGCACUCUUCAUAUGCAUUGUUGCACAUGCUGCCCUGUUUAUUUAA